ACCCGAUCCACUGACGCGCCCCCGUCCCGGCCGGACCCGAUCCCUUCACCUCCCGGGUCACUUCUGCGCGAGCAACUUGUUGCGCAGCUGCUAUUCUUCGCUCCUUCCUUCCCUGCGGCGCAGAUUCUGCGCUUCAUCGCGGGCGGACGGACGGAGGAAGCCGAGGAGGAGCUCUCUCUUACUUCUCACACCGCGCGCAAUAAAUAAGAAGUAUUUUUAUCUAAAGUUCUGUAGCCUACGGUGAUUUUCUCCAGUGCGUUUUAAAUUAUGAUCUCAGAGACGGAGGAUCCGAGCCAUGAGCUGCACGCGUCCUUUCCACGGAGCGGACUUUAGCCACAGCCUCUUCUACCUGACUUUACUCCUGUGGACCAGACGCAUGAGUGGACUGGCCGACUUUUCAAACUAUCUGUCCCGCAUCAUCACCAGUCACUCUGCUCAGGCGUGUGACGGACAGCCCCUGCGACUCCACUGCCCGCGUCACUCCACCAUCUCCGUCCAGUCCGCCUUCUACGGGAGCGGCGCGGCGGCGCCGUGCCCGUCCGACCCGGACCCUCCGCUCGGGGCCCACAACCGCAGCUGCUCCGCUUUUACUGCCCUACAGAAGCUGCUGUCGGAGUGUCAGAGCCACAGAGAUUGCCAGCUGCCCGUUAACCACCUACUGUUUGGGAAGGACCCCUGUCCCGGCACCCCCAAAUACCUCCACGUGGACUACAAGUGUAAACCAACUGAACACAAAAGGCAUGUGGUGUGUGAGGGGGAGACGAUGACCCUGCGCUGUAAGCCCCCCAAGCUUCUGAACAUCUACGCAGCUGUCUAUGGGAGAAGUCUGGGCCAGACUCCCACCUGCCCCUCACACCUGACGAGACCACUACCCCCAUUCGAGUGUCUGAACCACGAGGCUGUGCACGUGGUGUCCGAGUCCUGCUACGGCAAACAGAAGUGUGCCGUUGCCAUCGGCAACCAGACCUUCAGAGACCCCUGUUUUCCAGGAACGAGGAAGUACCUCAGUGUGCUCUAUUCUUGUGUAGUACCCCAGUCGCUGCUAAGGGAGGCAGACCCGGACCUAUUCGCCUCCACUUCAUCUCCUCCCGUGGACACAGAGAAAGCUCUUCCUGGAGAUCCGGACGGGUCGUUCCCCAAAGGUUCGAGAAGGCCCUACAACUCGAGAGCAGUGAUGAGCAGCUCCCUCCUGACCUACGCCUACGUCAAAGAGCAUCCAGAAAUGGCCGCCCUGCUGUUCACCUCCAGUGUGUGCGUCGGUCUAAUGCUCACACUGCUCGCCGUGUCGGUCCGAGUGACCUGCAGAGGCCGCCAGGCCGGAGAUGACGGGCCGGCAGCCGCUUCUCGCAGGCUGGCCGCGGACCGCCGGGAGGAGGACGACAGUGAUGGUGGGGAUGAUGAUGACGACGACGAUGAAGAAGAUGAGGACGAUGUCGGAGAGCGAACCGGAAGCUCUUUGAUCUCAGCCGGGGAAAGGAGGGGGACGCGCGGCUGGGAGGAAGUGACUUAUGUGAGCGAGGCAGCGGAACUGGCGGAGAGGAUCGAGCGCAGGGAGAUGAUCAUACAGGAGAUAUGGAUGAAUGCCUCCCCAGACGGCAGCCCGUGUUGAGCAGGCUGGGACCGAUCAAUGCCGUUCAGCACCUUCUGGAUCUGUUCAGGAGUCACCGCAGCACCUCGCAGCCUUUGGUUAUUAAAGAAGACACAUUUUCCCCCCUUUUUACCUUAUAAAGCUUCGAAAGUGUUUUGCGCGUUUUCAGGGAUUGCAGUUUAUUGUCACAAAAAGGCUGAAUCUGCACAGAAUUAUUUAGAGGCCGUGGAUUAACGUCUAGUUUACUCCAAGCAUCUAGAAAAAAUUGGUUUAUUAAAGUGACUCAUACGGUUUUCAUUAAGUCCUGUUGCUGCUGUGGGAGGAUCCAAGAGGGCGAGUGGUGACAUCAGCACCAGCAUCUCGAGGACAACGCAAUUCAUAGUUAACAGAACGGGUUUCAACAUAAGCGACUCAAACCAGUUUAAUUGGAUAUCACGUUUCCUUUAGCCAUAAACCAAUGACAUCCAAACUAUGCUUAAGAAUAAUACAGUGUCUAUCAGUAAGCGCCUUGCAGACAGUGAUCUCACAUGUAUAGCGGACCCAAUUUGAGGGGAUUGUUCGGGCUGCAGCUUUCAUCAGGAGGUCAUUAUGUAAAACUGUCAGUAGAUGACAUCAAUUGAAGCAGCUUUUGGUAUUGUUGAAUUGUUGGUGGCCACCACGCACAACCGCUUAUACACAUUUGUGACUACCUUAAAUAUGUUAAUAUAUAUCAAUCCCUUAAGUCAGCAGCUGUAUUGAACAAAUAAAGGACUAUAAACCAAAGAAGGUGUCGAGGAACAUGAUCAGUUGUAACACAAAUGUCUAAAUGAACCAUGCUGCCAUGGGUUUUUAACUCCAGAAUGCUUUAAUUAUGGACAAAAAGCGAACAAAAAGUGUCCGAAUUAAACCCAGAAAAAGGUCUGAAUUAUCA